UUGAAGGUUUGAUUUGAGUAGAUAGAUAAAUUGAUAGCGUCUGUAUAGACUCAAGUUCCCUCGCGAUUCACAAGAAAUGUCGCAGGGAAAUAACAACCGAAACGACGUCGAAACAACCAACACUCAGAGGCAGCGAUUGGUCGCCGGAACCCUAACAUGCCCACCGCUGGAACUUCCAACUCUUCUUUUCGAUCUUUUGCCUGAGAUUCUGUGCAGGCUUCCGGUGAAAUUACUAGUACAGCUUCGAUGCCUUUGUAAGUUCUUCAAUUCUUUAAUUUCUGAUCCUAAAUUCGCAAAGAAACAUCUUCGUAUGUCAACCAAGCGCCGCUACAUCAUGCUAACAAAUUAUAAUCCUUCCACGCGUAGAGAUGAUGAGUUUGUUAUGUAUGAUUCCCCAAUCCCUUUGCCUUUUUCUACUUCUGCAGUUCUUACACAAACACAACUACACAUUCCUAGUACUCUCACAAAUGGAAAUCAUGGCGUGCGUCUGAUUUGCUCUUGCGAUGGCGUGUUUUGUGGUCAGCUCAAUAAUGAUUCUUAUUUCUUGUGGAACCCUUCCAUUACAAAGUUUAAGUUAUUGCCUCCUUUGGAGAAUCACGAAUGGACAUCACUAAGCUUUGGAUAUGAUCAUUUCAUUGAUAAUUAUAAGGUCAUUGUUGUUUCUGACGAAAAUGAAGUUAGGGUUAAUACUUUGGGGACUGAUUAUUGGAGAAAGAUAGAGGACAUCCAUUGUUACACCAAGUAUGGCCCGGGGAUAUUUGUGUGUGGCACUGUUAAUUGGGUUUCAUGGGAUGUCAUUAUUUCUCUUGAUUUAGAGAAGGAGUCAUGUCAAGAGCUUUGCCCACCUGACUUUGGGAAUGAAAAUAAUUGGUGGAAUUUGGGUGUGCUCAGGGAUUGCUUGUGUGUCUUUGCAGGUAGUGAUGAAUAUUGGGAUGUUUGGAUUAUGAAGGAGUAUGGAAAUAAGGAGUUUUGGACUAAACUGUACACUAUUCCUACCAUAGUAUAUGCAGAGUUUUUGCAAGAUCAGGGUUUAGUAGUCGAUCAGGAUUUAUUAGUCAAUGCUGCUUUAUAUAUUUCAGAGGAUGACCAACUGUUGGUGAAAUGUUAUCAGCUUGAUAAUAAUCAUGGUGCGACACUAGCCUAUAUCAAGUUUGUUGUUUAUGAUUCCAAAACUGGCACUUUGAAUAUUCCUGAGUUUCAAAACAACUAUGAGCAUAGAGAUGCAAUUUUCUACAUUGAGAGUUUGAUAUCACCUUAAGCAUGGAUUCAACUGCAACAUAUAUAUGGUUGGCUGUGUUUGUUUGUUUCAAUAGAAGGGUUAUUCACAAUCAGAAUUGCUCGGGUUCUUUUUGUGGUGUGGAGCUUUGCUGAAGAUGGGGUGAAAAGGGUAGUAGUUAUAGGGUAAUUUAACUUCUUAAGUUCUGUUUGAUUAUUUCUUCUGAAGUCAAACUAGAGGAGGUGAAAAACCUACAUGUUUUAAAUAGAUAGGAUAAACUUGUCUCUGACUUUAUUAUUGUCUGUUGUUUGUCUUGAUAGAAUGUGGAUAGGUUGUGUGAUUGUGAAGCAUAGUUAAAUGGAUAAUUAAGGGAUUUUUUAAUUGCAAAUGCUUUUGGAUGUAUUUUCCUUGCAAAAACAUAUUCAGUACCCGUUUGUUUAA